AUGCCGAAAGAAUCAUCCUCCAAUACCAAAUCCUCAUCCUCCUCUACCAACAAGAACAACAAGGUUAGUCAAACCGUCGUUUCACAAGAGGAACAAGAAUCGCCCUCCGAAGAAGAAGCACUUUGGGAUAUCGUGCGCAUCCUUUCCAAGAAGGAAGAAAAGCGCGUUUGUCGAUCCGAAGACUGCCAAGAGGUUGCCGUCGCUACUUGGGCAUCCAAUUUAGAUCCACAAGACAAAUGGGAUCUCUGCGAAGCCUGCCAAGAGCGCGACUUUGGCGGAUGGCCCGAAGAUCUUCCGCCACCCAAAGAUCCCAGCGAUCCCAGCGAUCCACGAUGCCCAUCCACCACCACCAAGCCAAGCAGUCCUCCAAUUGGCACCAACUCUACAACAACAACAACAGCUACUACUACAGCAGUCACACAGGCGAGUCAAGAGGAGCAGGAUCCAGAAGAAGAGAACACCAAGCUUCCCAACGAAUCAACUUCUCCAUCUCCCGUAGACCAAGUACAGGAUUCUACCAGCCCAACACCAAUGCGCCAAACCAACAACAACAAUAACAACAACAACAACAACAACAACAACAACAACAAAGGAACCAUUACUCCAACUCCAACCGCACCAUCCACUCAAGAGAGCUCGGAUGCAGCAGACACUACUCCGGUUCCACAAAAGUCAGGAAAAGAAGGAGCUAAUUCGCCCCAACAAGAGGAAAAUUCUUCCAACGCCGAAUCGGAAGAAGACGAAGUCUGGGACCUUAAAAAGAUUAUCACCUUUGACAAUCUAAACAAGGAUGCUACCAUCAAAUGCUCUACAGAGAAUUGCCUUCUAGCAGCCUGUUCUGUCUGGGUGUCCAAUCUUGAUCCAAAAACCAAAUGGUAUUCCUGCCUCGAUUGUCAAGAGCAAGACUUUGGUGGUUGGCCACCCUUGAACGAACUUCCAUUCAAGUCUUUGGUGCCUAACCAUUUGCAGCUCAUGGCCCAAAAGUGUUCCAAUCAGAGCAAACCUUCCUUGCCGGAACUUCCUUUGGAAAACAGCAGCAGCAUUGGUGCCUGCAGUCCUUGCCCCACUUCUUCUUUGUCGUCCAAAAAGGGCGAUACUAAUUCUUCCUCCAAAGCAGCACCCAAUACUCACCACAACUGUAUCGUCACUCCUCCCCCUCCUCCUCAAACCUUGCAGCAGCAGCAGAAAAAGACAAAACAACAACCCAACCCCAAGGCUCUAGCCAUUCACAACAAAUGGCAGGCGGCAGCGGAAGCGAUUGGGGGCAAGGAUGUUCGGAUUGUGGUCAGCAAGGCGGUAGCCAAGAAACUCAUUGCAGAUUUGUUGUACGAGUCCUUUCGGCCAAUGAAUAUCACCGAAAUUUACAAGGAAUUGAAAGCAAUCGUACCCUCUCCAGUCUUGAGUGCUUGCCUUCAGGAAAUGGCACUCGACAAGGAUGACAAUCGCAAUCCAUUCGCCGAUGAUAGUGAUGACGAGGAUGAUGAGGAAAACAGUUCCAAGGCAGCCAACAACAAGAACUCUUCUUCUUCUACUACUACUGCUGCUGCUGCUGCUACUACUAGUGAUCCAUAUGCUGGGUCACUCCAAACCAAGAUUGGUAAGAGCCAAGCCACCAACUUGUACUAUAUCGAUUACAAUAAACGCAAGGGCUUGGAUGUGGAAGAACGCAAUGAACUCUUGCAGAAUAUUGCUACUGCCAAUGCUACAGAAGAAACCUUGAAGGAAACUUUAAAGGUCACCUUGACACAAGCGGACAAGCUUCUUUCCGAGCCAACCAACGAAGUCAUUGCCGAGCAACUCGAAAUGCAAAGCGCUGCAGUUCAAGAGCUCCAGGAGAAAGUCCAAGAAGCCACGAAACUCAAGGUCAAUGAGAAGCACAAGCAAAGUACCAAGCGCAAGAUCCAAAACAUGACCGCUCAGUGGCGCCGUCGCAAGCGCAUGUGUAUGGACUUUAUGAUUACGCUCGAAGAGAUGACCGAUGGAACUGUUCGCGCCAAAAAGUGCCUUUCGGGCGAUGGUCAAAUUGCCCUUGACUCGGACGAGGUCGUGGCCAAAGCAGCAGUCGAAUUUGCCAAGAAGAAACGGGCCCGCAAGUCCCAACCAACCAAGAGCCGGAAGGCCUUGAAGACUUCCGAAUCGAAGAAUCCAAACUCUUCGGCUAGCCUGGCCGAUCCGGAUUUUGUGGCUGUGAACUUGGAUUCGCAGCACUGUGUGCGCAGAAUCUAUGUCAAUGAUGGUGAUGAACAAAACUAG